AUGUUUUUAACAAGAAGUGAAUAUGAUCGUGGUGUUUCUACUUUUUCACCAGAAGGUAGAUUAUUCCAAGUCGAAUAUUCCCUUGAAGCAAUUAAAUUAGGAUCUACUGCCAUAGGUAUAUCAACUAGUGAAGGUGUGAUAUUAGGGGUUGAAAAAAGAGUCACUUCAUCAUUAUUAGAAUCUUCUUCCAUUGAAAAAAUUGUUGAAAUAGAUCAUCAUAUUGGUUGUGCCAUGAGUGGGUUAACAGCUGAUGCCAGAUCGAUGAUUGAUCAUGCUCGAGUAUCUAGUUUAACUCAUAAUUUAUACUAUGAUGAAGACAUUGGAGUUGAAAGUUUGACCCAAAGUGUAUGUGACUUGGCCUUACGUUUUGGAGAAGGUGCUGGUGGUGAAAAGAGAUUGAUGUCUAGACCUUUUGGGGUGGCAUUGUUAAUUGCAGGAGUAGACAAAGAAAAGGGCCCACAAUUGUAUCAUGCAGAACCAUCAGGUACGUUUUAUAGAUACGAGGCCAAAGCCAUUGGUUCUGGUAGUGAAGGUGCUCAAGCAGAAUUGAAUAACGAAUAUCACAAGUCUUUGACAUUGAAGGAAGCCGAGUUAUUGGCUUUGAAAAUAUUGAAACAAGUGAUGGAAGAAAAAUUGGAUUGCAAGAAUGCUCAAUUGGCCAGUGUUACUAAAGAUGGUGGUUUCCAAAUUUACAGUGACGAAAAAACCGACGCCAUAAUUAAAGAGUUAAAUGCUCAAGCUACUGACGAAGAUACUGUCAUAAGCUAG